AUGUCACCUUUUAGUUGGACGGACUGGAACCCACCAGACGACUAUCUCGCCAACACCGAGAGGAAAACCGUCCUCCUACCCGACGAUACAGUCAUCGCUUCCGCGGCGCCUGACGCGGUUACCACGUUCGCGAAAUCCAAGUUUCAGCGCAACGACGUUACCCCGUACGGAAAAUGGAUUCGCGCGAACAUUCUGGACGGAGUGUACGAGGAGGAUGACCUGGCAAACACCAAGGGGCUGAAGAACGCGAAUGGGCACAUCGUGGAUGCCGCUGAGAUUCUGGACGCCAAGACUGGCAAGAAGAAGGUGGCGUUAGGGAAGGGCAAGGCCAAGAUCAAGACUCCAGCGAUUUUCAGAGGGAAGCUUUUUAUCAUCCAUGGCGUGGAUGCGGUGCAGCCGAGGGAGCAGUAG